AUGUCCAUGAUCAACAUCAGACGAGAUAACCCCGACCCCUUCUACCGGUACAAGAUGCCUGCCAUCACCUCCAAGAUCGAGGGUCGAGGUAACGGUAUCAAGACUGCCGUGAUCAACGGUUCUGACGUUGCCCGAGCUCUUAACCGACCUCCUUCUUACGUCAUUAAGUACUUUGGUAUCGAGCUUGGAGCCCAGACCCAGAUCUCCGAGGACAAGGACCGAUACCUGGUCAAUGGUCAGCACGACGCUGCCUCUCUGCAGGACACUCUGGACGGUUUCAUCAACCGGUUCGUGCUCUGUGAGGCCUGCAAGAACCCCGAGACUGAGCUCAUCAUCACCAAGAACGGAGACAUUACCCGAGACUGUAAGGCCUGUGGUAAGCGAACUCCCGUGGACAUCCGACACAAACUCGCCACCUUCAUCGUCAAGAACCCUCCCUCGCAAGCCAAGGGUAAGAAGGGUGCUGCUGGAGCUGCCUCCAACACCUCUGCUCAGGCCCCUGAUGUGGACGACAACGAGGACGGCGAACCCUCUGACGACGAGCUGACCAAGCGAAUCAACGCCGAGGCAUCCGAGCUUCCCGCCGCCGCUACCCGAGCCGACGACGAUACCUGGACUGUCGACACUUCUGCCGAGGCCGUUGCUGCCCGACAGCGAGAGGUCGAGCAGGGUGUUGCCGGCAUCGCCCUGGAGGAGAACGAUGCCUACACCAUCUUUGGAGAGUGGUGUUCCGAGGGUGAACCCAGCGACGUGGAGAUCUACAAGAAGGCCAUUGAGCUGGGUAUUUCUGACGAUUCCAAGACCGUCCAGGUUCUGCCCCAGGUCAUUUUCGACAAGGACAUUGUCAAGCAGAUUGAUGAGCACAAAGGUCUGCUGACCAAGAUUGUGGCUUCCGACGAGCACGAAAAGGCCUUGCUUGGUGGUAUUGAGCGUCUCGUUGGCCUUACCCACCCCGAUCUCAUCCCCGCCGUGCCCAAGAUCCUUUUCAAGCUCUACGAGCUCGAUCUCGUGUCCGAGGAGGUGGCCAAGAAGUGGGGAACCAAGGUGUCCAAGCGAUACGUCGACAAGGAGACCUCCAAGAAGGUGCGAAAGGCUGCCAAGCCGUUCAUUGACUGGCUCGAUGAGGCUGAGGAGGAGUCUGACAGUGAUGACGAGUAA